UGUGCGUACGCAGUAUAUACUUUAAAACAAUCUUUAUUCAUAUUUAUGUAAAAUAUAUAACAUUGAGGAGAAUUAUAAUAAAAUACUUUAAUUUAGAAAUGCAUCAACAAAUUCGAAAAUAAUCAUUAGUAUCUUAUUUUUUAAUAAUCAAAAUUUCAAUUUUUGAGAACACAUAUAUAUUUAUAUAUAAUAGUGAAGUAGUGUGUAUAAAUCAUUGUCUUGACCAUAACCUCAAAUUGAAUGAAAUAUAAUCCAGAGUAGAAUAUUGCAGCAGUGUAUAAUAAAAGAAGUUUUUUGCCGGAAAUUAUCAUGUCACUCGCGCGAAGAGGACAGCAUUGGGGAACGUUUGCUCGUAUUUGGCAUAUAUAUGAUGCAACAUGGCAAGACCCAUAUAAAAGUGCAAGAUUAAUAACGCAUCAUCUUAUGGGAUUGCAUAAACCAAUAUACCAUCCAUUGAAUGAUUGUGGUGAUCAUGUAGUAGUAAUAAACAGCAAGGAAAUUGCUUUAUGCGGCGAUGAGUGGCGAAAACGUGUAUAUUUCCAUCAUACAACAUAUCAUGGAGGUGCAACUUGGACUCUCGCAUGGGAAUUACAUAACAAGGAUCCAACACUGAUUGUAGAAAAGGCUGUAUAUAGAGCAUUGCCGAAAAACUUGCAACGGAGACACACUAUGCAAAGGCUGCAUAUAUUCCCGGACAAUAAAAUACCCAAGGAUAUAUUAAAAAAUAUUAGCAAUCAACUUAAACAGCUAAGACCCGUCCCAGUUCGACUAGAUCGUAUUCCACAGGAAGAAAUAAAUAAUAUCCCACAACUUUUAAAAUACCCCGAAAAUUAUAUUCUUAAAUAACAAGUUUAAUAUAAAUAUUAUAUAAAUGUAUUUAGAAAAUAAUAAUACACAUUUUAAUCAUAAGAAAGAAUCUGAUUUUAUAGUUUUAUAAGUAAAUAUUUGUUCUAAUUGUUUUAUAUAGCUAUAUUAGCUAUAUAGCUAUAUAAAAAAUAUAUUAUAUAGCUAUAUAGCUAUUCUAGUUUCAAUUCAAUUCUAAUUCAUAAAAAUGUGUAUAAAAUCAUGAAUAUAACAAAAUACACACACACACACACACACACAUAUAUAUAUAUAUAUAUAUAUAUAUAUAUAUAUAUAUAU